AUGGGGGAAGAAACAAACGCUUGUGCGGUGGCCACCAGCCACAGAUGGGGUCUCUCUCUCUCUCUCUCGCAGUUCCUGACAGAGCUUACCAGACUCUUUCAGAAGUGCAGAACUUCGGGGAGUGUUUUCAUAACGCUGAAGAAGUAUGAUGGCCGGACAAAACCAGUCCCACGCAAAGGCCACGUAGAAAGUUUUGAACCAGCGGACAAUAAGUGUCUUCUAAGAGCAACUGAUGGAAAGAAGAAAAUUAGCACAGUGGUGAGCUCAAAGGAAGUAAAUAAAUUCCAGAUGGCAUAUUCAAAUUUGCUGAGAGCCAACAUGGACGGCUUGAAGAAAAAAGACAAGAAAAGCAAAAACAAGAAGAGUAAAGCAACACAGUGACAGAACAGCGUCCUGCCGUCACUGUAACAGACUUGACCCUUGCUCAAAGCAAAGUCCAUUUCUUUUUGAGUUACCACUUGUCUUUGGCUUUCCUUCCAGCAGGAUACUGGGAUGUGAUCAGUACUUUUGUUUAAACCAAGAGCAGGUGGUGUUUUCUGCGGGUUGUUGUACAGCUGGAGUAUUUACAGGGUUGUACGGAAAUCGCUUUGCACUCAGCUGCCAACUAGUUCUGUACUUGUGCUGCUGUUUGUUUUGCAUCAUACAAGUGGGCAGGGUAAAACCUGUUUGGGGGGGUAAUGCAGGGUGAAGAGAAAUGCACCAUAACAGGAGCAAAGUGAGACAGGAGUGGGAGUCUCACUGACAGAAUCCCAGUUUUAUAGAUAAGCCUCAGUAGUGCUAGGGGAAGUGGGUGCCAAGAUAUUAUCA